AUGUUUUCUUUCAACCUUUUCAAGUGCUGCAAGGGCGACACUGCUGGCGACCUCGACUGCCUCCCACCUGCUCGUGCUAUCGAACUGCAGAAGCCCAGCCCCAAGAAGGUCAAAUCGUUCCUACCCACCUCAGUCAGAUCCAUCCCUGAACUCGACGUCUCGCCCUCCUCAAGCACCUCUGUUGCUAUGUUCGACUUCGAGGCCAUGACCAGUGUUUCUCCUCGCACCAACACAUUCACCGUGCAAGGCAACUUCGAGGACGUCGACUUGUCGUCCCCAACCAUCUUCUCCUCGCCUCCUUCCCAGGCGCGCAAACUCCCCUCAUCACCCUUUGAGGACCAGUACGAAGUCGGCUACUCUCUUGCUAUUGAUGACGCCUCCUCCUCAGACGACAAUGAAAGCUCCUACCCCUCUUCGCCUUGCUCCACUGUACCUUCCGUCCUGUUCGAGCAGGCUGAUCGCACCAGCUCCUUCAGCACUUGCCCCUCGCCCUUUGGUGAUGAGCAUGAGGUGGAGCAGGACAUCGAGUAUGCCCCUACUACUGCUUCAUCCAUCAACGAGUACACUCAGCGUGCCAUGGAGUACCAGCGUGUCCUCCUUCUCUUCGGACCCGGUAGUGUCGAGUACAAGAACCUUCAGCGUGACCAUGCACUUGCCGUUCUCGAAGGUGUCAAACCUCAGCGCAACGACCCCCUGAGUCCCGAUCUUAUCAACACUCUGGCCGAGAAGAUGGGAAGAAACCCUCAGUGCUGA